AAACAAGUCAGCGGAGACUCGCAGAGAGGUGCAUAACGCGAAUGUGGGCUGCUUAAACGUCGUGGACGUGUGCGGCGGCUCGGUGAGAUUAAACAACUUGCUGCUCCCGCUAGUUAGCAUUAGCCAACGGCCAGCGGUAACUUGCCCUAGCUAAAGCGAGCAGGCAUGAGUAAUUUAACAUCUUUCGGCGCUGUCUAACGCAAGAGCUGCGGGUGAUGUGGCUCCGGACGGAGUGCAUCGGAACCCGGAUUUAACCGGGUUUGUGGUGAACUCCGUCUCGGCGUCGGAAAACAGUUUCUUUGCGUUUUGUUGCUGCAGCUAGCAUGUUGUUGCUAGCUGAACUAACUGGCCAGUGACGUAACGUUGGUCAUUGUUUUGACAGCACGCAGCUUCAAACAGCUCCCGCUCGUCACCCCGUUUGAUUUCCACUUGGCCUUGAUAAUCUCUGUUUACGGACAGUUUUCAGGAAAGUUGACGUUUAGCGUUUCGCCGAUGUGACGCAGCUCGUCGCCGGCAGCUACCUGUACUUUAGCUCCGUCCCGCAGUUGUAGGAUGGAUCCAGACGGUGGGGCAGAAACACAAAGAGCUGUCAGUUUGCAGUGGAAGAGCUACAAACUCGUCCAGGAUCCAACUAUUCGGCGGGUCACACAGAAAAUCUACAGAUAUGACGGAGUGCAUUUCAGUGUGCCGGACUCUGGAUUUCCUCCCGUGGGUGAACUGCGGGACCCUAGGCCCCGGAGACUGUGGUCCAGGUAUACAGAGCUGUCCCUGCCCGUGCCGAAGUUUAAGCUUGAUGAGUUCUAUGUGGGUCCCAUACCCCUCAAGGAGGUGACCUUUGCCAGGCUCAAUGACAACAUCAAGGAGCCUUUCUUGGCAGAGAUGUGUGCCAAGUUCGGUGAGGUGGAGGAAAUGGAAAUCCUGUUUCACCCCAAGACCAGGAAGCACUUGGGCCUUGCCAGGGUGUUGUUUACUAGCACCAGAGGAGCCAAGGACACAGUCAAGCAGCUGCACAAUACUUCUGUCAUGGGUAACAUCAUUCAUGCUCAGCUGGAUAUAAAAGGCCAGCAGAGGCAGAAGUAUUAUGACCUGAUCGUAAAUGGGUCCUACACUCCUCAGACGGUGCCCCUGGGAGGCAAGGCUUUGACAGACAGGGUCCAGCCUCAGGCCCCAACACAGCCACAGCCACAGCCACAGCCUGACACGUCAUCAGAAAUCAGGCGGAGGCUCUCCAGUGAGCUUGCGGUUUUGGCAGCAGGGGUACAGGCCCUCACAUCAGGAAACAUCACCCCUUGUUCUGCGGAUACCGGUUACAGCGAACAGCGUCUGGACACACCCCCCUCUUCAAUGGCAGGCUCCUCUGCCUCAUCCCAGGGAGGUGGAGGAACACCUUACAGCUCCAGAUCUGGGACUCCUUUCUCGCAAGAGUCUGGCUACACCGGUGGCAGGCAUACUGGCGGCUACAACACUGGCACUGGCAGCGGCUACCCUCCCCAGGACAUGCUACCUUCCUCUUCCUCGUCCUCUGCGGUCUCUUCUACUGUUGGAGGAUACAAAGUGUCUCGCUACUCUGAGGAUGCACAGGAACCUUCAGUGUAUCAUCGAGGUCGCCCUAUGUAUCCCCCAACUGCAUCAUACCGUCCCAAUGAGCCACCAUGCUACCCUCCAUACUCCAGUGUUGGGGGGCCUGGGCCACACAUGGCACAUCACUCCUCAAUGCCUCCUCCGCCUCUUGCCACCCAAUAUGAUCAGCCUCCAAUGGCAGACAGGGACCGAGACCGUGAUAGAGACUCAGGGGGCCGCUAUGGGGCCGCGGGGAUUGGCUCCAGAAGGUCAUCUUACCACCACCAGCAAGACACAAACUCUUCAUCAAAGUACCAUUCCCAUCACUCCCAUCACCACUCAGAACGCAGGGAUGAAAGGGGGUACCGGCGAGACAGCCUGGGCUCCCGUUCAGGUGACCACAGCCACCAGAGACACCGUAACCACCACCAUUCUCACAACCACCAUGGCAGCGGUAGCCGCAGAAGGAGCAGCCAUGACCGGGACAGGGACCGAGAUCGAGACAGAGACCGCGAUAGAGACAGGGACAGAGACAGUGACUACUCCAACAGCUCUGACCCAAGAUACAAUUCCAACUCUUACCGCUCUUCCUCUAACAGCAUGUCUCCUCCCCCCUCGUCUUACUCUGCAUACUCCUCCAAAGAGCCUGCCCCAGCCCCUCCUCAGGGAUUGGACGCUUCCACCCGUCUAGGGGGCACAGGCCUGGCAGAGAGGGGCUCCCUGCCUUCGGUAGGCACUGACAAAGACUACCAGGCUGGUCACCACAGUGCUCUACCUCCACCUCCCCCACCGCCUCCUCCACUCCCACCUGCCUCAGUCAUUGCAGCGGCUGUAGCCGAGACACUUGGAACACUGGACUUCAACCAGGAUAGUCCGGCCCGUGAAGAGCAGUGGACAAAACCCAAACGCCGUCCCAGCACCCCACCUGCACCUCCAAAGACACCCCCACCUUCCUCUCCACCCCAUCCCUCCAUCGCAUCCUCUUCUACAUCCCCGUCCUCUACCUCCCUCCCACACCAUCUUCCCUCCUCCUCCAGCUCCCCGCCACCCCCUCAGCGCGACUCUUCCUCUCCAGAGCCAGAUUCCACCAAUGAGAGUUUACCGUUCGUCUACCACAGCAGCAGCCUUGACUCUCGUAUUGAGAUGCUCCUAAAGGAACAAAAGGCAAAAUUUUCUUUCCUUGCCUCCGAUGAGGAAGACGAGGAAGACAGGAAAGAGGAGAAGCAGAGGGGCAUACGUGGGGAUGGAGGAGAGCGAAGAGGUGUGUCAGGUGAUCUAUCAGGGGAGCACAUAAGUGGUAAUCAGGUGGGAGACAAUGGGGAGAAGGACCACAGGAGAAAAGGGGAAAGAGACAGAGAUGGCCACAGAGGAAGGAAACGGGGAAAGGGUGGAGAAGGUAGGAAGAGUCCUACAAUAAUUACAGCAACCACACCAUCCUCCUCCACCUACGCUUCCCACAUCCUGCCCCCGGAGGAACCCCAGCCCCAGGUCAGCCUCACUGGGACUGGAACUUUGCAGGAGGAGUCUUCACAAGCUGGAUCUGCUGACACACGUAGCAGGAUAGGAGCACACACACCACCGUACAAUGGACAGAGUCAGUCCUCCCCUCAUUCCUCAGGGGAAGACAUGGAGAUCUCAGACGAGGAGGAGGAGGAGACUACCAUAACAACGGUGACCACCCACCAGCCCUCAGUCACCUCAGGUUCUUCACCCUCUUCAUCCCAGGCUGCCAUGCCCUCACAAACAACGGACCCUUCAUCUUCACCCCCACCCAUCUCUGACACUGCACAGCACUUUGGCACCUCCAUGCACCCUCCCAUACCUUCCUACCCCCCUCAUUUGCCUCCCCCACCUCCUCCCGGUUACUCCCUCCAGCCCCCACCUCCACCCGGGAUCCCUCCCCUGGCCCACAUGGAGCUGCACCCCGAGUAUCCUCCUCCCAUGCCCCACCACAUGUAUGACUAUGCCACCUCCAUGGAGCUGAUGAACCAGUACAGUGGUGGAGCUCCUAUGUCCUUUCAAAUGCAGACCCACAUGUUAAGUCGCCUACACCAGCUGCGCAUGUCGUCAACCAACGGCACCCCAGGUCCUGGUGAGGCAGCCACUGCAGACUACACCUCCUACCAUCUCCACUCUAUGGCACCACCCCACACACACCACCCCUACAUGGACCAAGAGGGAAGCGGGGCAGGCUCUCAUUAUGACCAGGACCACCGCUACAUGCCCCAACACAUGCCCUACCCUUACGCUGACCCCCACAGUUCUCAGAUACCACCCCCUCCCCACCAUGGCAUCCCGCCUCCCCAUACUGCCUGGCCGCCACACGUCAUACCACCACACUACGCCUCUUACAUGCCCCCGCCAGGAUAUGGCACCAUGCUGCCUGGGGAUGGAACCGAGUACAGGGCUCCAGGGGAGGAGAUGCCCAUGCUGGCAGAGAAUCCACAUGAAGCCACCGUGCAGAUGGUGCUGGGCACUCUGAUCCAGGAAAUGAAAAACAUCAUGCAGAGGGACCUGAAUCGCAAAAUGGUGGAGAACGUUGCUUUUGCAACUUUUGACGAGUGGUGGGAGAGGAAAGAGACCAAGGCCAAGCCUUUCCAGACAAUGGUUAGGGGGGUGUCUGCCUUACGGGAUGAUGAGAAAAAAGAGGAAAAAGUCAACCGUCCUCGGGAGCCUCUCACGUCUCUUGUGGAUUGGGCAAAGAGUGGUGGCAUGGAGGGAUUUUCUCUCAGGGGAGCGCUACGGCUGCCUUCCUUCAAGGUGAAGAGGAAAGGACCUCAAGAAUUGGAAGAGGGAGAUAUGAAAAGGCAGCGACCCUCAACCCCACCAGACGAGGAUGAUGAAGCUGCUGAAGGGAGAAUGCCAGAGGCAGACAGGCAUGGAGCAGAAAGGGACAACAAGAGGAGGAAAAAGAAGCCAAGAAGUCGUAAACCUUGGGAGCUUGGCAGUGAGGGAGAGGAAACGUCUGAUGGCUCAUCGAGCGAAAAGGAGGAUGAGGAAGAAAGUGAAAAGGGGUCUGAUGAUGAUGCCCUCAGUGCUGAUAGUGAUGAUGAGAGCCUCUCCUCAUCCUCUGAGGGAUCUUCCUCUUCAGGGUCUUCCUCUUCAUCUUCCUCUGAAGAUGAAGAUGAAGAGGAGGUCGAGGGACUGGACAGCAUGGACGAGUCAACAAUGGACAGCACAACAGAGAAAGAGGAUGACGGGGCAAACAACGCAGCUGCCGUUUCAAAGGCAGAGGUCAAAACAGGUGAAGCCAAAGACAGCAAGGCGGAUACAACAGCAGCACCUACCAAGCGUCCUCCAUCACCCCCAUACCCGCGUCCAUCGUCCCCUAUUGUUCUUGUUCCCCCUCUCAAGAAACGCAGGAAGACCGUCUCGUUCUCCACAGCCGAGAACGACAGCAAAACGCAGCCCCCAACUGCGCCGCUGUCUCCAUCCCUGUCACAAGUGGCGGGUGAAUCUCCCCUCCUCUCCCCUGGCAGGCCUACAGACUCCCCUAUCACUGCUACCCCAUCCCCCUCACCUCGUCCCACUCAGGGCAUCCAACUGCUCCCCUUUGCCUCCAAACCCGGUGAAGGCAACGCCCUCAUCGUGCCCCCAUCUGGACGGACCCAAGAUUCUGAUGAGACCAAAAAGGGACCACCUGUUUCUCCUCAGACCACCCCUGUCAAAUCACCUGGGAAACGUGGAGCAGGGAAAGACUCCCCCAAAUCUCCCGCCCCUCCUGUUAUGGUGUGCCGCACUGUGCAGAACCUGCCGUUGGACCAUGCCUCUAUGUGCAGGAUGGCCUUCGAGGAGGCACCUCCUCCACCUCCUGUCAACAAACGGUCCAGAGGCAGGCCUCGGACGACCAGCUUGUCUGCUCCUUCCUGUCACUCCCUCAGAGAGGAAGAUGAUGAGGAAGAAAGUGAGCAGAGGUUGAGACUCAGAGAGCAACUUGGGGCAUCAAGCCUCCUGCAGCUGGCCGCAGCUUCAACCACCGACCUGUCUGUGUUGGCUGAUGUAGCCCUGAAAAUGGACCCUGAUGCUGGGGACUCAGAGGAGACAGAGACCUCUGAUGAGGCAGAAGAGCAGAAGAUGGAAGAGGAUCUCUUCUCCCCAGAGUCACUGGCCCUUGUUAUGAGCCCAGACGGUGUAAUUGUCCUUAUGGAGCACAACUACUGCAAACCCCCUGUUCUCACAGUACCAUCCAGUAGCAAAAGGACUUCCUCCAAACAAGACUCCUCUGUCUUGCUCCCAGCAGACCUCAACACUAUUUCUGGGGUGCUUGAAGCACCAGAGGAAGUCAUUGGAGAAGCGCUACCAUCCAGGGGAGAUACAGGAGAAUACUUACCUACAAUGGGAGUGCUUUGUGAGUCUGAGGAUGUGGGCCAGGCUCUACCUCCAUCAUCAAAGAAGAUCGUGGCUGGCAAAGGUUUCGAAUUUGAAAAUGACAAGAGCAAAAAGAGGAGAAGAAAAGACAAAGAAAACAUUGAGAUUCAUCACACAAAAAAACAGAAAGAGCAGCCAGGCAAGAAACAGAGGAAGCGGAAACUAGAGGACUCCGACUUUGAGGAAGAUGUGGAUGUGGAGGAGCUUGAGUCUGGGGAGCUCUCCAGCUCAGACACAGAGGACGAGAUGGUCGAAGAGGUGAGGAAGAGCGAGCGCCUCUUUCUGCAGGAGGCAGGGAUAACGUCGUCCCAGCGCUGGCCAAAGCCUAUCCCAGCACCCGAGCCAUUAGCCCUGAAGUUUGAAAACCGCAGUGAGUUUGAGCAGAUGACCAUCCUGUAUGACAUCUGGAACUCUGGUCUGGACGGAGAAGACUUGAUGUUACUGAAGAAGACUUAUGAGAAGCUACUACAGGAUGACCACAGCUCUGACUGGCUCAAUGAUACUCACUGGGUCAGCCACACUGUAACCAAUUUGCCGAACCCUCGGCGUAAGAAGAAGAACACAAGUGGACAGCUUCGUGAGCAUGUGACCGGUUGUGCCAGGAGUGAGGGCUACUACGCCAUCAGCCGCAAGGAGAAGGACGUCUAUCUGGACCUGGACCUACCCGAGCAGGUCAUACGGGAGGUGGAGAAUGUCGACACCUCGGGAGCUAACAGGGUGCUAUCAGAGAGACGAUCAGAGCAGCGCCGCCUCCUCACCGUCAUUGGCACAACGGCCGUCAUGGACUCUGACCUGCUCAAACUCAACCAGCUUAAGUACCGCAAGAAGAAGCUUCGUUUUGGACGCAGCAGGAUCCACGAGUGGGGCCUGUUCGCCAUGGAGCCCAUUGCUGCUGAUGAGAUGGUGAUUGAGUAUGUGGGUCAAAACAUCAGACAGAUGGUGGCUGACAAUCGAGAGAAGCGGUACGCACAGCAGGGCAUCGGGAGCAGCUAUUUGUUCAGAGUGGACCACGACACAAUUAUAGAUGCCACCAAGUGUGGAAACUUGGCACGAUUCAUCAAUCACUGCUGCACUCCAAAUUGCUACGCCAAGGUUAUCACCAUAGAGUCCCAGAAAAAGAUUGUGAUCUACUCGAAGCAGGCUAUCGCUGUCAACGAAGAGAUCACCUACGACUACAAAUUCCCCCUCGAGGAGAAUAAGAUUCCUUGCCUGUGUGGAACGGAGAACUGCCGCGGGACACUGAACUAGUGGACAUGCUUCUCUUCCUCAUUUGCCAGUGGCCAGGCAGACCCAAACACACCUCCCUGGUUCACCCUCCUCAAAGUGUACCUCGUAAACAAAGCCACCCUCCUGUACCAUCUGCUUCUCCUCCGGAUGGCCUAUCAGCCAUCUUCACAAUACCCAGGAAGCAGAGACGCACACACUUGCACUUUUCAUGCACAUUUUUCAUUCACUUGGUAGUUUCACAAGCCAGUGUGUGAGGGGUUUGUGUUACUUGGCAUGUGAAAGCUAUGAGGGGGGCCUCUGUUUCACAUUUAGCUCUUCUGUGGCAGUAUUGUUAGACUUAAAUGGGUAAUAUGUUCUAUCCAAGUUGUUUGAAGCAGCCAGGCAUGAAAGGUCUUUCUAUUUCCACGCCAAUAUCCGUUCGAAGGAAGCAAGGAAGGAAAAAACACUGGUGUUUUAUGUCUACGUCAAUCCACAUAAUCUCUAACCUGACUCAUCCUUCCAGUGUCAGAUCCCUUCCUGCACCCCACCCACCCACAGAUCCGCACAUAGACGCACAGGAGUAUCAAAUUCAGGGUUUUUAAAAGCGCCUGUUGGGGGCGCUCUUUUAAGAUGACAAAUUUCAAUCAAUUUGGUCUUCAGUUAUGCAAGAUUUCUUUUGGAGCUUCUUUUUUUUUUUUCAUUUCAUAGUAUUAUAUAUUAAUAUUACUAUUGCUGUUAUUAAUGGAAUUUAGUUGCAUUAGCUGUAAGCCUCUUACAGUAAAUGAGCUUCAGUAUACCCACACCCUGUCCUUAGUGGCUUGUGUUUCACCAGCCCUAUAAAACUCAUUUCCUUUCUCCACUGUGCGUUUCUUUCCUGAUUUGCCACAACCCCAUCUGGAUGAAGGUGUAGUGUUUUGAACUAUUGUUUUUAACCCAACUGUAAAAAUAUGACAGUUGGCAAGUGUGUAUUUUUUACCUGGCUGCUGAAGUUUAGUCUGCAGGAGCAGCACAAGAGCAUUGGCCUGUGUUUGUUCUUUUCUGUUGUUGUUUUCCCCCUCAGUUUAAAGCUAUGUCGUCAGAACAUCUUGUGAGGAGAACUCAAGUGUUUGUUCAGUAGGAUCUCUUCAUCUGUUUGUCUGUGUUUAGUUGUUAAUUCCAUGGUAUUCUCCAUUUGGUUCAACCAGCAGAGGUCAGAUUCAUGUUUCAAGAGUUGGCGAACUGCAAGUUCAUCUUUCUUCAGCUGUUAAAGCGGAUUACCACCAAACUCCUGCAGGUCCUAGUAAAAACGAUGUGGUCAGUGUUUAACUUAGUCUGUGUGCUGCAGAUGUUUUUAAAAGGCACAUUUAUUUGAUUAGAUCAGGUCUUUUCAGAGGUUUAGUUUAGUAACAUUUCUUUUUUCCGCUGUUUUGUGGGCCUUUCCAGAAUGCAUUAGUAUGCAUUUUAUUUGAGUGGAGUCGUCACAAAGCAUCCCUCCUUGAAAAACGUAUCAGCUUAAGGCAAACACAGAUGUCCUGCUUAUGAACUGCAGUGUAGAUGGGUGGAAGGUAUAUAUAGAUAAGCCUCAGCAGGUCUUGUGAUACGCUGCAGACAGUGGGAUGUAAAUGGCCCUUGUGUUGUGUCUCUGUUUUUCAUAUGGCUAUGGCCGUCCAAAGUUUAACUUUCAUUUUGAACUUUUAACUAGCAAAAGACUCUUUAUUUUGUUCCCUCCUAAACAGGAAAAAUGUGUUUUGUUGCAAUGAAAGCCUUUCAGUACAAACCAACCAUCUUUACUACAGGAUAAAAAGAUGAAAGGAGAAAAAAAAUUCAAAGAAGUACAUGUAAAUAAUGUAGAGGUGUUUGUUUCUCGUAGAAACACACUGAUUUCAAGCUGUAAAUAUGUUGUUCCUUUUCCUCUCUCCAUGAGGAGGAAACAUGUACAUACCUUCCAUUCAUUUAUUUUUUAUUGUUUUUCCUUUUAAUUUGAUUAUUUUAAUAUUAUUUGCAAUAUUUCUCUUGUAUUAAUGCGUUGGACCCUUUAUUAAUGGUGCAUUAAAAUAUUUUUUAAA